AUGCAUCGGCUCAUCUUGACUGGUCUCUGCGUCGAAAAAGCACAGACGCAAUUGAGUUCGCUUCCCACUAUCUUCUUCCUCAUCAUCUACUUCCUUGAUUGGCUGGAUGAAACACGGUUGUUCUUGCUCGUGGGGCCCUUUGCAUUGCUUACAUAGCGGGUGUUGAGGGGUGUUUGUAACUUGCCGAUGUUGUUGCAGGUGAUGCAUGCGAGGCUGACAUUCUGCUUGGUGGCCUUGUUCUUUAUCGGCAUAAAUAAUGUGGUUGCAACGAGUGCAAAUUCUUCGCAUUUGGCAGAUUGAUCGAAAUUGUCUGUUUC